UGCGUGGUUCUAGUUUAGCUUAGUAUCAUUUUAAGCUAAGCAAGAAUGUUAAUGCGUCAGUAGUCCAACGGUUAGGAUGAUUGCCUUCCAAGCAAUAGACCCGGGUUCGACUCCCGGCUGACGCAAUUCCUUUUUUGCCUCCACGUUUUUAGGGUUUAUCUAGAAUGCAUGGCUGCGGCACUGGUGCGCGCCUCCAUUACGUCCAUCCCAUCUCCCUCCUCCUCCUGGCGCAAGCGCUCCUCUGGGAGCACACUCAAGCUCGAGGUAAGCAACAAUCCAGACCCGCCGCCGAUUGUCGAUAGCAGGAUCCUCGCCUGGCUCAAGAACAACGGCAAGGACGCCUCCUCUUCCACAUCGUCCUCCACCGAUCUCGACGAUCUGGUCGCGAUCUUCUCGAGCUCCAGCAGCGAGGAGCGCGCCAGCGCCCUCGACAAGCGAUGGAAGGAGGACGAGAAGAAGAAGAAGAAGAAGCUCACGGCGGCGAUGGUGGCCAGCGUCGUCGAGUCCCUCCCGGGCGUGAACCAAGCCGUGGCAUUCUUCCACUGGGCCGGCGACCGAUUCGAUCACAACGAGCACACCUACAACGCGCUGCUCAAGCUCCUGCUCGCCUCCAGCGGCGCCGAGCACGAGGCCCUCCGCCUCUUCCUCGCCAUGCUCGACGCCGGCUACCCCUCCGACUCCUCCACCUUCGCGGUCGUGCUCCGCGGCCUCCACGCCUCGGCCAAGCUCCGCCACCUCGGUCCCCUCCUCCUGGACGAGAUCCGCGACCGCGGCCUCUCCCCGGACCCGGUCGAGCUCAACACCAUCCUCGCCGAGCUGUGCGACGCCCGCGACACCACCACCGCCAUGGCGCUCUUCGACAAGAUGGCGGAGCUGGGCGCCGUCAACCACACCACGUACUACAACCUCAUCCACCCGCUGUGCAAGGCCCGGCUCCUGGACGAGGCCAUGGGGCUGCUGCUCGACAUGAAGUCGCGCGGCAUGAACCCGGGGACGCUCCUCCACAACGUCGUCAUCGGCGGGCUGUGCCGCGCGGGGCGCCUCCGCCACGCGCUGGGUGUGUACCGCCAGAUGAACGACGCCCACCCCCCGGACUUCCUCACGUACACCAAGCUCGUCCACGGGCUGUCCAAGGCGCGCCGGCUGCGCGACGCCGUCCAGGUGCUGCAGGAGAUGGUGUCCGCGCGGCACGUCCCGGACAACACCACGCUCACCGUCGUCGUGCAGUCGCUGUGCCUGGGUGACCGCGUCGACGACGCGCGGGAGCUCGUCGAGGAGAUGCUCCACCGCGGCAUGGCGGCGAACGCGAUCACGUACUCGGCGCUGGUGGACGGGCUGUGCAAGUGCGAGCGGCUGGACGAGGCGGUGGCGCUGGUGGAGACGAUGGCGGAGCGCGGCUGCGCGCCGACGGUGGUGACUUACAACAGCAUCAUCACCGGCUUCUGCCGCGCCAGGAGGGUCGACGAGGCGCACGGCUUCAUGGAGCAAAUGGUGGCGGAGGGCUGCCACCCGGACAUCAUCACCUACACGGCGCUCAUCGGCGGCUUCUGCAAGUCGCGCGACGUCGGCCGCGGCCUGGAGCUGCUGGGCGAAGUCACCCGCCGCGGCUUCACCCCGGACAUCGUCACGUACUCCACCGUCAUCGAUGGUCUCUGCAAGGCGGGCCGGCUGCGCGACGCCGUGGACAUCUUCGAGGAGAUGAGCUGCGCGCCGACCGCCAUCACCUACAACUCGCUCAUCGGGGGCUACUGCCGGGCCGGGGACAUGGACGAGGCGAUCCGGCUGCUCGGGAAGAUGGUGGACGACAAGUGCGCGCCGGACGUGGUAACUUACACCACGCUCAUGUCCGCCUUCUGCAAGAUGGGCCGCCUGGACGACGCUUACGAGCUCUUCCAGCAGAUGGUUGCCAACAAGCUCAGCCCCGACGUCGUCACCUUUACGAGCCUGGUGGACGGCCUGUGCGGCGAGGGCCGGAUGGAGGACGCGCUAGAGCUGCUCGAGGAGAUCACCCGCCGGGGCUGCCCGCCGACCAUCUACACGUACAACUGCGUCGUCGACGGCUACUGCAAGGCCAACCAGGUGCGCAAGGCCGAGGAGCUGGUGGCGGACUUUCGGAGCCGCGGCUUCGUCCCCAACACCGUGACUUACAACAUCCUCGUCGCUGGCUGCUGCCGGGCCGGGAGGACGGAUCAGGCGCUCCAGUACCUGGACCAGCUCAACUCGGAAGGCGGCCCCUGCCCGACCAGCGUCGCCAUGUACGCUAUCAUUCUCGACGCGCUGUGCCGGGACGGGCGGACGGACGACGCGGUCCAGUUCUACGAGGAGAUGAUCCAGAGAGGAUAUGUCCCUGCGGCUGCCACCUUUGCCACGGUUGUCUUUGCGCUGUGCAAGGCCCACCAGCCUCAGCAGGCUCACGAGCUUCUCGAGGAGAUGAUCAAGUAUGGCCACACGCCGGGGCCUGGGACCUGUGACGCUGUCGUCUCUGCCUACUGCCGGGCCGGGAUGAUCCAAAAGGCCGACGAGCUGGCCAGCGAGCUCAGGCUUUACACGGACAAGAGUUCUUCCUAACUGGAAGAACACCAGAAAAAAGCGCAUCAUUAAAGAAUCGAAAGAAUAGUGUACCAGUUUGAGAUUAGUUGCGAAAAGAAAAACAAUCGCGGCGCGGGAUCAAGCUUUUUCCUUGUUCGCGCGCCCCGCCGGCCUCAAUGCAGUUGAGGCCGAAAGAAUGAAAUGCUAGCUAGAAGCUAAACAGGAACUUCCAAACAA